AUGCGUAACGGUGUCGGUAAGCGACGAAAUGGUCCGGCAGUGUACGAAAGUGAAGAUAACGAGCUGCUUCCUUCCACAGCUGCUGCAGCUCCUGCCGCUCCUGCCGCUGCAACUGCUACAGCUCCUUCCACAGCCGCUGCAGCUCCUGCCGUUACUGCCACUGCAACUACUACAACUAAUGCCACCCCAGCUUGUCCCACUAAACAUGGAUCACGGUUCACUCUUAAUGUUGAACCCCACCUCCACACAGAACCAAGCGAUUCGCCUUUAUCAAGAAAUAGUAGUAAUCGAGAAUUGUUCUCAUGGGGAGGCAAGGAUGCUGGAAACCACAAUCUGGCUCUUUUCGAAGAGCCUUCUAUGCCGUUCUUCUCCAGUUAUCUCAAAGCUCACACCACUCCCGGACCAUUAGAGCGAAUGCAGAGUGAGAAUCAAAAGAAAAAGGCAGAUCUCGGGACAAUGCUUGGGGUGUACCUACCAACAAUCCAACACAUAUUAGGUGUUACAAUGUUCAUUCGGCUGUUCUGGGUGGUUGGUAUCGCCGGGCUAGGACAAACCUUCCUGCUUCUCCUUUUAUGCUGUCUUUGUACCUUUCUCACAUGUAUCUCCAUAUCAGCCGUUGCAACAAACGGCGUCGUUGAAAGUGGAGGAGCAUAUUUCAUGAUAUCGCGAAAUCUUGGACCUGAAUUUGGUUCAGCUGUUGGCUUGCUCUUCUAUCUCGCAAACACUGUGGCCACAUCAAUGUAUCUCGUUGGUGGUGUGGAGAUACUUCUUCUGUACAUAUUUCCUGGUCUGACAAUUGGUGGAUCAGAAGUUCAUUCGCAAACAGGCACAUUCGGUAUGAUGACUAACAACCUUCGAUUUUACUCUACUCUUCUCCUUUUGCUCGAGUUCCUCAUUGUGGCUAUGGGUGUCAAGUUUGUUCAAAUGCUAGCACCGGUUUCGCUCGUUUGUGUUAUUCUUUCGAUUCUGGCUUGCUACGCAGGAGGUAUUGAGAAAACUUUGAAUCCCGACGCUGGUCAAAGAGUGUGCAUGUAUGGCGACCAUCUUCUGCAGUCAAAAUUCUUCAUUCCUAAAGAUAAUGGAUCAAUAUACGACAUGUGUGAUUACUGCACACCCAACAACACAUUUUUGAUGGAUAAUCUUUGCCCUCUUGGAAAGUGCCCAGCUGAUGUUCUCGCAACACCAUUAUCAUGCAUUAAUGGUUUCCCUGGCUUCAAGAGCAACGCUUUCUCAGAUAAUUUUGGAUCGCAGUACAUCGACCAGUUCCACACAACCGUUGAUGAUAAGGCCGACCUCAAUCGUGAUGUAUUCCAGGACGUGAAAACAUCAUUUUGGGUACUUCUUGCUAUCUAUUUCCCAGCUGUUACUGGAAUCUUCACUGGCGCCAACAUGAGCGGAGAUUUGAAGAACCCUCAACAAUCGAUUCCUAAAGGUACAAUCGCCGCUACUCUGACAACUUCUUUCAUAUACUUCUCGUUGGCUUUUGUCUUUGGAGCUACAAUAGAUGGCAGUGUACUGAGGGACAAAAAUGGCCAGUCUAUGGGCGGCACCAUGGUCGUGGCUUCUCUAUCUUGGCCCAGCGCUUGGGUUCUUUUAAUUGGUUCCUUCCUAUCCACAUUCGGAGCUGCUCUACAGUGUCUUUGUUCUGCUCCUCGUCUUCUCCAAAGUAUCGCUAAAGAUGACGUUAUUCCUAUUCUGCGGCCCUUCAAGAAGGUCACAAAGAACAAUGAGCCUUUCUUGGGCCUUAUUGUCACUACAGUAAUAGCAGAACUGGCUAUUCUUAUGGGUGCUAUGGAUAGCAUAGCUGCCGUUGUGGACUUCUUCUUUUUGAUGUGUUACGCUUUCGUGAACAUCAUUUGUACACUUCAUUCUCUUCUGGGUGCACCAAAUUGGCGUCCAAGAUUCAAAUAUUAUCACUGGUUUUUGUCAUUUCUUGGCGCCAGUCUUUGUUUCUUCAUCAUGUUCUCAACUCACUGGGACUAUGCACUCGUAUCUAUAUUCUUAUGCGUCUUAAUUUAUAAAUAUGUUGAGUGGAAGGGUGCGAAAAAAGAGUGGGGUGAUGGAAUUCGUGGUCUAGCACUUACAACCGCUCAAUACUCUUUGAUGAAGAUUGAAGACAAAGAUCCACAUCCUAAAAAUUGGCGCCCUCAACUUCUCUUACUUUUCUCAAUGCCUUGGGCUAAGGAAUUGGUUGAUGUGCGAUAUCUCAACCUUCUCAACUUAGCGUCUCAGCUCAAAGCUGGAAAGGGGCUGACCGUCGUUACUUCCUUCUUGAGAGGAAGCCUCAAUAGUCCAGAUGACAGAAAGCGAGCAGAACAGAUUAAGUCUCGAAUGGACUUUGACAUGAACCAGGUCCGGCUGCGCGGUUUUGCUAAAACACUUGUUCACGAAGAGAACCAGAUUACUGGCUCUUUGUCCACGCUGAUCCAGUCGGUAGGCUUGGGUGGUCUCAAGCCGAAUACCGUGUUGGUUUCAUGGCCAGUACAUGAGCGUGGAUCUUCAGAAAGUAGUGACUCCGAGUACAACACUUUCACAGAUAAGCUCCAUGCUGCAUGUGCUAUGGACAUGUGCUUGAUAGUAGCUAAGGGGAUCAUCGACUUCCCCUCGAAUGCAUUCAAGUUGACUGGUUUCAUAGACGUGUACUGGAUUGUCCAAGACGGAGGACUUUGUCUGCUUAUUGCAUACCUUCUCAAGCAACAUAAGGUUUGGCGAGGAUGCAAGUUACGGAUAAUUGCUAUUGCUCAAGAGAACGACAACAAUCUCAAGAUGCAGACCGAGUUGCAGCAGUACGUCUAUCAGCUGAGAAUCGAUGCCAAAAUACUGAUCGUUGAACUCGCUGAUCCGGAAAUAUCGAAGAACGCUUUCGAACGCACUCUUCUAAUGGAAGAACGUACAAUGGUACUCAAACAAAUGCAGGAGGCCAGAAGUGGAGGAAAUGCUUUGCGCGAAAUCUCGGUAGUUACUGUGAAGUUACGCUGUCACAGAGUUAAUCUGCAGCCUUUCCAGCCACUUGUUACUGCGGAGCGGAAGACGGGUGUGUCAGCGAAAAAAUCGGCCGAAAGCACGGAAGACACGAAUUGCGCCACAGGAAACGAUAUUCACAAAGAAAAAGCUCAUGAGGAAGAGUCUGUAACUGAUGAGCAGAAGAAGGAAAAAACAAUGAAAGAAAAAUUGCUAGCAUUGGACCGAACAAAGGUACACAAAAUGCACACUGCUGUCCGCCUGAACGAGCUUAUUAUCGAGCAUUCUCUCAAUAGUCAGCUUGUCCUCUUGAAUUUGCCCAAGCCGCCACGUGGAAGAGAAGGUAUGUCUGUAUCAUUUCAGAUAAUCUUUGACUUUCUACAGUACAGACUCGACGACUACAUUCAUUACCUGGAAGUUUUAUCAGACAAGAUCAACCGAGUUAUCUUUGUACGGGGUACCGGAAAAGAAGUUAUAACAACUCACUCGUAG